CAGACAAUUCUGAAAAAAUACCCGAACAGAUGGACAUUCUGAUUGUACUAUAAAUUCACAAAAGCUUAGAAAUGUGGUAAGAAAAAGUCCAAUUCAAUAAGAAUCUGGAACUAGUCUGAACUUAUUUGCUCCGAUUGCUAUUCCUGAUUCCUGACUCCACGAUCUAGUCUCCGUCAUCUUCCUUUCGCAUAUUUCUCAACACCGAAUCAUUUUCGAAAAAAAUGGCUGAACAAAAGAAGCAGGCUAGUUUUACCAAGGUCGAACAGCUUCUCCCCUCGAAAACUGGGCUGAACUUAACUGUGAAGGUUGUGAGUUCAAAGCUGAUUUCCCAGAGAGGCAGGACGCAGAGUCGUGUUGCUGAGUGUUUGGUGGGAGAUGAGACUGGAAUGGUUGUCUUCCUUGCUAGAAAUGAUCAAGUGGACUUGAUGCAAGAGGGUACAACCGUGGUGCUCACGAAUGCAAGAGUUGACAUGUACAAGGGAUCUAUGAGGCUCAUGGUGGAUCGCUAUGGCCGUGCUGAAGUGACUGAUGCUGCAAGUUUUUCUGUGCAGAAAGAUAAUAAUUUAUCCUUGAUUGAAUUUGAACGGGUGCAAGUUGGUGUCUGACCCCGCCCUUGAUUGUGUUGAAAACAUCAACAGAGACAAACAGACGUUUAAUGUUUUUACAUGGGUACAUUAGUACUAAAUUUAUUGUUGCACGUUUGAAACUCAUUUAAGCUCCUGUAGAAAUUUGAUAUUGUGUUAUGAAGCUUCUUCAAAAAUAUUUUGGAAGUAAGAUGAAAUGACUAAUGAGUAGAGUCGAGUGCUCUUUGUUUGAGUUUCGUAUUUGAAUAUAUUUUACUCCCUACCUUUUGUUUAA